GCGUUAGCUUGUUAGCAGGCUAGCAUAAUUAGCUUGUGUUGCUAGGAAGGGGGUGUUUUGUUGGGACGUUUGUGAGGUUUUUGGACAGAAAGGACGAUACGUGGUUCGUGUGGGAACUCUCAGCAUUUUCCAAAGUGUCGUAAAUGAGUGAAGAGUCGAACGGAAAGACAACGUGGAUUGCUCUGAUUGUGAGACUAGCAGAUGAUCGGAGCUGCAGUGAAGAGGACGGCGGUGUUUGUGGGACUUAGCUGAAGAUUCGGAGCAGCUUCAGCAACCAUGCCUUCCCUUCAGCCUCUGAGAGAGUUGAUCAGCGAGCGACUAGCUGCUGCUGCUGAAGAAAUCUUCCGACUCUGUGAAGGAACCAUCGUCCAGUACGAGGAGGAGCUCUGUCGUCAGCGCAGACUGCUGGAUGUCGCCUGGAAACCACAGCUGCAGCUUGACCACAUAGAACUUCCCCAGCAUUAUCUGAGUAACCAGGAGAGAAACUCCAGUGUGGAGCAGGAGGAACAAGAGGAACCAGAACCCUCACUGACUAAAGAAGAACAGGAGGAACCAGAACCCUCACUGACUACAGAAGAACAGGAGGAACCAGAACCUCUUCAUAUUAAAGAAGAGCUGGACAAGCCGGAGGAACAGGAAUCUCCUCUAAUUAAAGAGGAGCUAGUGGAGAUCUUCAUCGGUCAGGAUGAAGAGCAGCUUGAUCUGAAGCAGGAGACUGAUACCUUUAUGGGGAUUCCUCCUUAUGAGGAAAAUGACAACAGUGAAACAGAAACAAGCAGUCAGCAGAGCUUUAAUGUAACUAAUAGUCAGGAUGAAGAAGGAAACCAACAUGAAGAACCAACAUCAACUUCAGAUGAAGAUACAGACCCACAGAACAGAGAUCAGAGGAAGAGAAGAGACAGAAUUCAUGUCCAAAGUGUGGGCAGCGCUCACAUGUCAGAAAGCCGGUUUGACAUUAAAUCAGAGGAAAUGUCAGAAAUGCAUGUCUCUGAGAGAGCUUCCUGGAAAAAUUCCCCAUUCAAGAAAUGUAAAAAAGAAAGGAAAACUGAGUCCUUCUUUUGUCUCGAGUGUGGAAGAAGUUGUACAACUGCUAAAGGCUUGAGGCGUCACAUCAAAAUCCACACAGGAGAGAAGCCCUUUUCAUGUAAAGAAUGCAGCAAAAGUUUCAGACGUAAUUAUCAUCUCACGCGUCACAUGUCAACUCAUUUGGGAGAAAAGCCCUUUUCUUGUAUAGAAUGCCAUAAGAGUUUUAGAGAUAGUUCUCUUCUCUUAAGUCACAUGUUAACUCACACAAGAGAAAAGCCUUUUUCCUGUAAAGAAUGCAACAAAAGCUUCAGUCGUAAUUAUCAUCUCACGCGUCACAUGUCAACUCAUAUGGGAGAAAAGCCCUUUUCCUGUACUGAAUGCCACAAAGGCUUUAGAGACAGUUCUAUUCUCAUGAGUCACAUGUCAACUCAUUCAGGAGAAACCCGAUUUUCUUGUCCUGACUGCCGUAAAAGUUUUAGGGAGCGGUCUCUUCUCAUGAGUCACAUGUUAACUCAUUCAGGAGAAAACCGAUUUUCUUGCACUGAAUGCCAUAAAAGCUUCAGACGUCGCUUCCAUCUCAAAUAUCACAUGUUAACUCAUUCAGGAGAGAAGCUUUUUUCCUGUACACAAUGCAAUAAAAGCUUCACAUAUAGUUCCAGUCUCUCGCGUCACAUGUUGAGUCACACAGGAGAAAACAUCUUUUCUUGCACUAAAUGCAGCAAAAGUUUCAGUCGAAAUUACAAUCUCAAAUAUCACAUGUUAACUCACAAACAGUAGAGAACAGUUUUUUUUGUUCCAGUGCUCCCCAACGUUCUUCCCACCCUGCAGAAUAAAGAACUGCAUCCAUCUCUGUCAAUUUAAAGUCCUACAAUAAGAAAUGAAUUUUGUUUCUUUCAAAUGUACAUAGAGGUUCAAAAGUAGCAUAGUUUUAGGGCUGCACGAUUUUAGGAAAAUUUUCUAUAUUAGUAAACUAUAUUACGAGGACGAUAUAACUUGCAAUACAUGAACAAACAAAAAAAACCAACUAAAUAUACAAUUUUCAUUUCACUGCAACAGUUUAUUUAAAUAGGAGUUAACAUAACUUAAACCCUAGUCUGCAUAGGAAGAACAUCUAACAUAAUAGGACUUCAUCCAAUUAGUCAAAUGCGUACAUUUAUUUAUUUGAAGCUGCCAUAAGAUUGUUUCAGCACAUUUAAGGAAACCAUUAAUCCCAAUUUUAGCCAAUUUUUGCGAUAUACGUAUUGCACAGCUUGAUAUUGCUAUAACACUAAAUUUGUGAUUUAUUGUGUAGGUGUUGUUAGUUUAUUUGAGAAAGUGUUUUUAGAAUCUUGUUUUUUGAAUUAAAUUUGAUUUUUUAUUUUUUUUUAGCUGUUUCUGAAGCCCUGAAGUGUGUAGUGGUUAGAACUCUCAUCUCACAGCAAGAAGGUACAGGUUCAAAUCCUGGCUGGAUACCUUCUGUUUAGAGUUAGCAUCUUCUCCCUUUUGUAUUUAUGGGUUAUCUCUUCUUAAUAGGUUCUAAAUUGUCCCUGUGGCGUAUAUAUUUUUGUGUUUGGUUAUCCGUCUCUCUGUAGCCCUGAAAUGAUCAGGGAAACUGCCCAGGGUGUCCUUCACCUUCUCCCAGGGGUAACUUAGUACGUUCUGGUAAUCUGGUUACCCUGAGCAGGAACUAGAAGGUAUAUAAAAAAAUGAAUGGAUGAAUGAAAUGUAUCAUUUAGGAAUAUUUAUUUUGGAGGGUUUAAGGGCAGGGAUGCCCAGUUUAGUUUAGUCAGUUUAGUUUAGCCAUUUCCUAUUGAAUUCUAUGACUUUAUGUUCUUUCUGAUUCACGUCUACAACAUAUAAACUACCGGUUUGAAGCCCAUUUCCAUGGCUAUUGUUUUAAUAAUGGGGAUAUACAAAUAAAAUUGAAUUGAACUGAAUUAUUGUGUUUCUUUGUCACAGCUGAGAUUUGUAUUAUUUUGUAAUACCUGAAAAAUAAAAAUAAAUACAUUUUUGGCCUUGUUAA